GGCAGGUGCACUCUCAGUAUGAAAAGCAUAAGCAUCUUCAACAACCUGUUGACUGCAAAACUACUGCAUCAGUAGAGAGAGAAGAAAUAAGAGCAACGUGAGAGAAACAACUGACUGAAGCCAUGAUCUCCACACUACAGAAAACCAUUAGACCAAUGUGGGCUGUCAGAGGACUGCACAAGUCAGCAGUAGAAGUUUUGAAGUGCCCGGCCCCGGAGGACACAGUCACAGCCAGCUUUGGGAAGUUCAUCAGUGAAAUAAAGCCCCAGCACUUGUCCUCCGUUGUCCUCCACCGCAGCAAAAGGAUGGUGCUGGACAGCAUUGGGGUUGGUGUGAUUGGCAGCACGACAGACGUGUUUGAACUGGCCCUGCAGCACUGUCAGCACAUGUAUGCUCCUGAUGACAUCAGCUCUGUGUACGGACGCAGGGGCACCAGGCUCUCCCCGACACUGGCAGCUUUUGUCAAUGGAGUGGCGACUCACUCCAUGGACUUUGAUGAUACGUGGCACCCUGCCACUCAUCCCUCAGGAGCAGUCCUUCCUGCUGUGUUAGCACUCAGUGACAUGAUGCCCGCUAACAGAAAACCUAGUGGCCUGGACUUCCUGCUGGCUUUCAAUGUCGGCCUUGAGAUCCAGGGACGACUGAUGAGGUUCUCUAAUGAGGCCCACAACAUCCCCAAGAGGUUUCACCCUCCCAGUGUGGUAGGGACAAUGGGAAGUGCAGCUGCCUGUGCUCGCCUCUUGUCCUUGGAUCACUCCCAGUGCAGUCAUGCCUUGGCCAUAGCUGCUUCUCUAUCUGGAGCCCCAAUGGCUAACGCUGCCACUCAGUCUAAACCCCUCCACAUCGGCAAUGCUUCACGUCUGGGGCUGGAAGCUGCCCUGCUGGCCUCCAGAGGCCUAAAGGCGAGCCCCCUGGUCCUGGACGCUGUCGCAGGCGUGGCCGGCUUCAGUGCUUUUUAUGAAGACUACGUGCCACAGCCUUUAGAAUCACCCAGUGGUGACAGCCAUAUGUUCCUGCUAGAGGAGCAGGACAUAGGCUUCAAGCGUUUCCCCGCCCAUCUGGGGAUGCACUGGGUGGCAGAUGCUGCAGCCUCGGUCCAUAAGCUUCUUGUGGGAGUUGGUCCUGGCACUAUUUCCCCAGCUCAAAUCCAGGACAUCCAGCUCAGAGUCCCCAAAUCAAAGUACAUCAACAGGCCUUUCCCUGAGUCAGAGCAUGAGGCACGCCACUCCUUCCAGUUCAAUGCUUGCAGCGCCCUCCUGGAUGGCGAGGUGACUGUGCAGUCCUUCACACCCUCUGCCAUGAGCCGCCCUGAGCUGCUCGCUCUGCUGAGCCGUGUUCACAUGGAGCAUCCCCACGACAACCCGGCUAACUUCAACUGCAUGUAUGGCGAAGUCCAGGUGACACUUGCUGGAGGAGACAUCCUGAAGGGGCGCUGUGACACCUUCUACGGCCACUGGCGCAACCCACUGACCAAUGAGAGCCUGAGGAAGAAGUUCAGAAACAACGCAGGGACGGUGCUUCCAUCAGAAAAGGUUGAGAGGCUGAUUGAUGUGGUGGACGAGCUGGACAAACAUGAGAACUGCACCUCCCUUCUCUCACAGCUGCAAUGAACAUUUACAGACACACAUAUAACAAAACAGAAACCAUUGUACAUAAAUACAUAAGAGGAUAUUUUACCCAAGAAUUUAUUUUCAAAUGACUUUAAGUGUGCCUACUACACUUGGUAAUGGUAUCUCAUAUUCCAGUCUCAUUUAGCAGAGCUGAAAUACAUUGAAAUACCUGUUGAGCCAUCAGAAUAUAUUAUUUCACUGUUUUAUGAAGAAAUCAAUAUUAUGGGUUGUAAAAUGUGAUGUAGUUACUUUGCAAAGGGAAAAUGAAGGAAGAUUCAUGUGCUUAAUACUUUCAAUUAUUAACAUUGUAUAUACAUUACUGUACUUUAUACUGCAUAUUCCUGCCAACAAUGAAUUCUUAAAAUGUUAAUGUUGUUGAUUGAUAUUAAAACCUUCUAUCAGACAAAUGUGACAUAUUUGUUUGCGUGUUUUUGAUGGAAUAAAACUACUCAAUUGUA